AUGAGCAAAAAUCCUAACUACCGGCGAAUAGAUUUUUCUGAAAAAUUAGAAAUUCUAGCUCGGCUGGAGAAAGGAGAAUCAGUGACGAAACUGGCUGCUGAGUAUAACGUCACCCAUCCAACUAUUUGUCGCAUUAAAGGCAAAAGAAAAGAACUGGAGGAAUAUGGCUCAAUAAUAACUGAUAAGGAAGGUUCACUCAAGAAGAAACGAAUGAACAACAUGGAAAACCAGCCUCUCGAUGUUGCAUUAUUCAAAUGGUUUCAUCAGAAAAGUUUACUAGGAGAGCCGGUGUCAGGCGCAAUCCUGCAAAUGAAAGCGAUUCAAAUCAAUCGCAUGCUCAAAGGUCCUGAGAAUUUUCAAGCCAGCAACGGUUGGCUGUGGAGCUUCUCUUUGAUCAAUAUAGGUUGCUUAGAUUGA